AUGGUUAGUGACGCGACACGAAAGGAGCUCGAUCGGCGUACCAGGUCCUGGGGGACGCUGCUGCUGGGGUCCAUUUGCGCCAUGGCGAAUCUCGUGGCGGUCGACGACGACGACGACGACGCAGGCUUCAGCACGGUCGCGGGUAGGGUCAAAAUCAAACACCGGCAAAGGUUGACGAAGCAGCAAUCGAAUGGCCCAAGGCCGACGGUCGUCGACAAGCCUACAACGAAGCGUGGCCUGCUCGACGGCGGGCUGGUCCACUGGCUGGCGAUUGGCAACUGGACGGCGUGGUGGGUGCAGCGCAAGAUGGACAGGUCGAGGCUGUAA